UGCAGCAGUUGUGCAGCAGGCUCAGCGACAAGCUAUAGCAGACCUGGCAAGGGUGCUGAUGCAGGGAUUCUCACAAGCUGUGCAUUUCUGGCAUCUCUAACUGCUUGGUGCACUGGAAUGCAGAACUGAUACAAGCAACUGUGGAGUUAAACAUAUUUUUUGUGAAACGAGAUGGAAUGUCAGAAGACUAACUGGAAGGACAAGGUUGUAGACCUCCUGUAUUGGCGGGACAUUAAGAAAACAGGAUUGGUGUUUGGUGCAAGUUUGCUUCUUCUGCUGUCACUGACCAUCUUUAGCAUUGUUACUGUGACAUCAUACAUUGCUCUGGCACUGCUGUCCAUGACCAUCAGUUUCAGAAUAUACAAAGGGGUUCUACAGGCAAUUCAGAAGUCUGAUGAUGGCCAUCCUUUCAAGGCUUGGCUGGAACCAGAUAUUACUCUGUCCCAAGAUCUAGUUCACAGUUACAGUAAUACUGUACUAAACUAUGUUAACUGCACUGUAAAAGAGCUUCGACGCCUGUUUUUGGUGGACGAUCUGGUGGAUUCUUUGAAGUUUGCAGUGGUGAUGUGGUUGCUUACCUAUGUUGGCGCCUUGUUUAAUGGCCUUACUCUUCUGAUAUUGGCUCUGGUCUACCUAUUCAGUGUCCCAGUUAUUUAUGAAAGACAUCAGGCUCAGAUUGAUCAUUACUACAAGCUAGUGAGCACCCAAAUCAAGGAUGCAUUUUCCAAGUGA